AUGUCUUUACAACUCUUAACACUCCGUAAAUGUGCCUUUCGAAUACUUUUGCAGCUGGAUAUUUUUCCGGUGCACCUUUUCAGUUAUCUUUUGCAACUUUUCGCGAGCAAUGACAAAAGUUUGGGGCGUGAGGCAACAAAAUGCAUGGCAUUACCAGUACAGUAUCGCCACAAGUGGUUUUCCUUGGCAUUUCUUGAUUGUUUAGUAGAACAAUUCAAUAAGACUUUUUUGAUCAUGAAUUUUUUUUGCCAUGAAGGUGCUUUCAUUGUUCAAGGUUGA